UAUUUAUAAGUUAUGCUUUACCACGUAACUCCGUCUGAGAUGGACAUGCCAGAGCUGCUAUUAUCAUUGGGGAUGGAGACGGCCGUCGUCAGCCGGUUUCAGAUGCGUUGUGUAUCCAACCGACUGGGUAGCCUGGCAUCACUCCCUCCGGUAUACUUCCUUACCCGACUGCCUACUCACUACUCACUCACUUAGUUACUCUGGCGUACUUCCUUACCUGACUCGACUCGGGAAUACUGAAGGAUGCUCGUGUACAUCUUCCAGUGUCCCGGACCGACGUACUCCUCAGAGUCCACCUCAGAGGGAGAACCAUGGAUCCUCCACCGCCCACAAGUCGCCGCGUGUUUCAGAUGGAAAAGUGCCUGACAAAUCACCCGCGUUUCAGCGUCUCCAUCCGAUCGGCCCAGAUAGCGAGAAUCACAGUCAACUUGGACCUGGAGGUCAUCGUGGGGAGGCCUUCUUGUUUCUCUUUCCUUUUCGCUUCUGCUGCUUUGGCCGCGGAGGGCAUCUUUCUCCCAACCAUCGUCCGCGUUCCAAAGAUCCUCUUUUUUCUCUCCUUCUCUUGUCAUCAUCUCGGUGUGUUCGUGCUCCACCUGGUCUCCGAGAGCCCGACCCUGCCCAUUCCCUUCCUCCCUCGCCUCGACUAUUUAGCUCUGAUAACGCUCGAUCGUGACCUUCUCGGGGCGGUCAAACUCCGUCGUCAACUCAAGCCCGGAACAAGACGCUGUCGGGUCCGUAAGGGAUCCUGGAGGCUUUCGCUUGCAAGUGCCUGAUCGCCAUCAUCUUUGCUUACGCUGCAAUAUUCAGCGUCACUUUCUCGAACACUAGGAGCCUUCCCGGAUCAUGCAUUAGCCCAUCUAGAACCUGUGUCGGGAGUUCUCGAUUUUUAUAACCUCCGAAC